AUGUCUCAGUUUCAAGAGGACGAUAGUGAACUUUUCAACGGUUUCGGCUCAGCUCCGCUACUGAGGAACCCGUCCCAAACGGGCCGCAGAACCAAAAAAAGAUGGUCGUUUCACAACAAUACAAAACCUAACUUGACCGAGCAACCAGCCUCGUUUAGCUCAGGUAGAAGGCUUCUGGACGUGACGGGAAUCGACGGAGUCCAUAAGCAGAUAGACCCGUACCACAUUUCGCCAGCCCAGUUGUAUUCCACCGAGAGUGGCCGGUUGUUCCAUGCUGGUAAGAUAUGCAUUGCUUUGGCGGGACUUCCUGGUCGGGGAAAAACACACUUGUCCGUGUCCUUGACUCGUUAUUUACGUUGGUUGGGUGUCAAGACUCACAGUUUCCACUUGGGCGACUACAGAAGGGCCACGGUGCCUUACAACGAUUUGGACCAGGUCUUAUACAUGUCGGAUAAAGACGGCGAGAUGCCGGAUCCGUUCAAGAACAAGACCGUGGAUGACUGCUUGAACGAUAUUUUGAACUUCUUCAAGAACGACAAGGGCCAGGUUGCCAUAUACGAUGCUGUAAACGCUUUGCCGGAGCACAGACAGCAACUCCAGGAGAAAUUCGCCAGCGUAAACAUCCAGUGCAUUUUCAUCGAGUCCAUUGUCACCGACGAGCUGAUAUUGAUGAAGAACAUGGAAACUGCUGCCAAGUCCUCGCCCGAUUACGAAAACUGGUCUUAUGAGGAGGCCUACAGGGACUACUCCUCCAGGAUCGAGAGCCUUACGCCUUACUACAAGGAGAUGGACAACGCCGAUCGGGAGAGAAACUUAUCGUACAUCAAGAUCAUCAACUUUGGCGAGCGCAUUGAAUUGCAUAAUUCCAACUACGGAUACUUGAUCAACAAGGUGGUGUUCUUCUUGAUGAACUCGCGAAUCAAGCUGGGCUCGGUUUUCUUUGCUCGUUGUUACAAGAACGAUUUGGACUACUCUAAGGAUCCUCCGUUGGAUGAUGCCGGGUACAAGUAUGCCAAAAACUUGACCAAGACGUUGACUAAGCAUCUUGCAUCCAAGGGCAGAGAUAUUAUCACGCCCAAGAGCUCGUCAACGGACGUGGCUGGUAUGAGAAAGACCUUGUCCACAGAGGAAAAACAUCCACCUACCGGUGCUGAUGGUAUUGAUGACGACUCGUUCGUGGUAUGGACCUCUGUCAAGAGAAGAACCGUCGAGGCAUGCCAAUUCUUCCGUGAAAUGAACGUCAACGUACGUCACAGAAUUCAAUUGUCGCAGAGAAACCCAGGUAUUGUUGCUGGUAUGACAGACGAGGAGAUCCAGGAGAAGUUUCCACUGGAGUACGAGCUGUUCUUGAAGGACCCUUACCACCACAGAUUCUCGAGAGCAGAGCUGUACCACGACUUGGCUAUCAAGAUCGAGCCACUUAUUCUUGAGAUGGAGCGUAUGAGCGGAGAUAUCUUGAUCAUUGCCGAUGAGACCGUCUUGCGUGUGUUCCAUGGCUACUUAAUGGCCUGUUCGUGCUAUGACAUUCCCUCCUUGGAAUUCAACACCGACGAGAUCAUCGAAGUCAAAUUCAGUGCCUACUCCAACAGUGCUAAACGUAUCCCCAUCGAGGAUUUCGACUAG